UGUGUAUGGGGUCGGUCGUCGGCAUCCCUAUUCCCUGUAUUGUUCUUUUACUGCGAAACCAUUGAAGAGGAAGGACGUGCUGCGCUGCUUAAAAAUAGAGGAAAAUGGAGGAUUUAAUUGAAAAACACGAUAUCACCAGUAAUAAUAAAAUUUAUUCCUUCACGAGUGGAGAUACAACAAUAGUCUUAACAGGAUUAAUUGUGCUCAACGAAGAGACGAAAUUGCGUCAAAAUGCCGGAGGAAAUGUUCAGAAUCAGAAGAAUGGAGGAAAUGUUCAGAACAACAAUCGUCCGGAUAAAUAUAUCCUGGAUAAUUUAGCUGGCAGAAAGCGAAGAAUCCUGGUAUGGCCGAAACGAAUUGCAGAGUUUGAGGGCAAACUUGUAAACCACGUCAUUCGAAUUACGAGAGGAAAGGUCAUGAAUGUGAAUGCGCAAUAUUUCUUUGAGAAGGAUGGAUUUGGGCCAGUGGAAAUAUUGGUAGUGGACAACACAAUCAUUGAAAUAUUGUAACAUAUUAAGUUUCCUAAACUGAGCGAAUUCCCACCAUUGCCGAGGAAGCCAUGAGCC